AUGUCUUACAUUGGUCAAUGCAACUGUGCGAGUGUGCGCAUCAACUUACCCCAACAGCCUGCCAACUCGGUGAUAUGCCAUUGCACGAACUGUAAAAAAGCCGGGGGCGGACUCUUCUCGGUCAAUUAUCUCGUGGAUGAAAAUGACAUGACCGUGGAGGAUCCCAAUGGGGUGAAGAAGGUUUAUCAGGACCCGAACACUCGGUCUGGGAAUCAGAUCUCGCGUCACUUCUGCUCAAGCUGUGGGAGUCCGUUGUAUACGCUCACGCCGGGAAGGCCCGGGAAGGCAUUCUUGAAGGCGCCGCUGUUCGAGAGCAUUGCUCCUCCGAGUAUGGCGGUGUUUGAGGAGAAGCAGGAGGCGUGGGCGAAGGUUCAUCUGUGAUGAUGGUGGUUAUGUUGAUUGUAGAGUAGUAAUUGGGUGCGCAGGUGUAGGGAACCAUAAUUGAACCCAGAUCUACCGUCUAGGUACUAGGUGUUUUGACUGUACGUACCAUGGAUGAGCGAUGGACGAUAAGAGGGGAAAAUAUCCCAGAUAAGAAACCCGGCCUUUGCCAAAACGCGGGGGAUCGGAGGGAAGGCCAGGGUGGGUGACACA